ACGUCCUUGCAGAGCCAAGUUGUGGAUUCCUACUCCCUUUAUACACUCUGAAGUUGCGAAGUUUGCACAAGACGGUUAAUAAUUAAAGGCAUAUAAAGUGAGACGCGCCAUUACAAUUUCUACAUGCCUGACCGAUAAACAGUUUCCUCAGUGCGAAAUAUAGUUGCGAAUAAUCCAUUAAACAUUGUUAUAUUUGAGUCGUGUGAAACAACUUACUGGAUAAAACUUAAUAUUCAAGAGAAAUUUUAAUGUUCAGCACUGUUAGGCAGAUUACACAGCGUAUAAUUGCAAUUUCUCUGUAAACUUUGCCAAAAAGUUUCAACGAGAAUGUCUGCGGCACAAAGGCGGGGAUUGAAUUCACCCUUCCGCAAAAACUGACAGCCCGCAGUUUUUUCGCUUUAUGGAUAUUGCGAAAUGCAUAACCGCAGACGUCAAAAUCACCGAAACCAACGGCGUUUUAUUCUGGCAAUGUAAACACGGAAGUUACUUCUGUGAAGGUUUCUUUUCCUGCGGAUAUGACGGCAACAUCUACGUUUAGUUCCGUUGCGGUAUCCAGCGCUGAAACUGGAGGUUGCGGGUUGCCUAUCCUAUUUGCUCAUGCACAAACACGAAUUGUCGGAGGAAAAAACGCUCCAUUUGGACGCUGGCCUUGGCAGGUGUCUGUGAGGAGAACUUCAUUUUUUGGCUUUUCAAGCACUCAUCGAUGUGGAGGUGCUAUUCUAAACGAAAAUUGGAUCGCAACCGCCGGCCAUUGUGUGGAUGAUUUAUUAACAUCGCAAAUACGCAUUCGAGUUGGAGAAUACGACUUUUCAAGUGUGCAAGAGGAUCUGCCGUAUGUUGAACGUGGAAUUGCUAAGAAAAUAGUUCAUCCCAAAUAUAACUUUUUCACUUACGAAUACGACUUAGCUCUUGUGAAGCUUGACAAAUCCUUGGAAUUUGCUCCGCAUAUUUCUCCGAUUUGUCUCCCCGCGUCUGAUGAUCUCCUUAUAGGAGAAAACGCUACCGUAACAGGAUGGGGAAGGCUUAGCGAAGGUGGAACGUUGCCUUCAGUUUUGCAAGAGGUACAAGUGCCCAUCGUUAGCAACGACCGCUGUAAAAGCAUGUUUUUACGAGCCGGAAGACACGAAUUUAUUCCUGAUAUAUUUCUCUGCGCCGGCCACGAAACGGGAGGACAGGAUUCGUGUCAGGGAGAUUCAGGAGGUCCAUUACAAGUUAAAGGAAAGGACGGAAGAUAUUUUCUAGCGGGUAUUAUAUCAUGGGGAAUAGGAUGUGCCGAAGCAAAUUUACCGGGUGUAUGUACGCGAAUAUCUAAAUUUGUCCCAUGGAUACUUAAAAAUGUAACUUAGAUUGUACCCAACAUUAUUUUAAAGCAUUCAAGAUUGUAUAUCAUUAGCUAUAAAGCUCUCUACAGUCAUAUCAGGUGAUAUAUUAUAUUAUUAAAGCUUAAUAUAGGUGUUAUUGCGAAAUUUGAAAGCAUAAGUAGUCAAUAUGAGCUCCUUAGAUGUCGUUUAUGAACUCAUAAUGGAAUUCCAUGCUGUUCUGUUAAUUUGUUCUCCAAGUGCAGUCUGCCAUGCCUGCAUUUAUUAGAGACGUGUUGUUCAUAAAUGGAUUACUCAAAUAGGAAAUUAAAAGCCAGAGCGCGUCCGCGUUGGGGCGCCUCGAUUAAACAUAAAAGGUUUUCUAUCUUCCGCUCGUAUCUGAAGAGUUUAUUGCGAAGAUUUAGGUUAUAACCGUUUGUAUUUUUGACGUCUGCGAGGAUGAGAAAUGCAAUUAAGUUAGAUUUAGGAUGUUCAAGAUAAGAAUGUUAAUAAAUAAGUCGUUCCUAUUUUUAAUGUUUAAAAAGCAAUUAACUCGCCGUGAAAAGUGUGAUCACCAAGUCAUUUAAUUUUAAGAUGUGCCUUAUGGCACGUAGUCAUAAGUCAAAAUGCACUAAACUGGAGUAUUUAUGCUACUCUCCUACAUAAAUAGUUAUGCUUUCGUAUAAUGAUAACGGAAUGUGUGAAGUGAUAAACAGUUUCAGCGUUGGACAUUUUCUGUUAAAGAAACUAUUCUUUAUUAGCGAAUAUAUUUGUCUAUUCAAACGGUGCUGUUACUCAUUAAGUACUGAAUUUAAAUGGUCUGUAUCUUUAUUAGCUAUAGUUUUGUAAAGUUUGUAUAUUGUAUCGUUUAUUUAUCAUUGUAAAGGAUCCAAAGAUA